UGCGGACGGAUCGUCGCUGCGGCUUUGCAGACAGACGUUCCCUUCGCCGCCGCCCUUUGUGCUUGUAUUGUCGCGCGGCGGCGCGCGGGCUUCCGCAGCCCGGGUUCCGGCCCGUGAGCGCCUGACAUCCGUCCUCUUCACCGGAGCCAUGGCCGUACUCGGCGGGCCGGAAUCUGCUGGACACUCUCUUCUUCCCCGCCUCCUCUUGCUUCUGCUGAUCACUGGCCCUGCCCUUGGCUGGAACGACCCUGACAGAAUACUAUUGCAGGAUGUAAAAGCUCUGACCCUCCACCAUGACCGCUAUACCACCUCCCGUAGGCUGGCUCCGAUCCCACAGUUGAGAUGUGUUGGAGGCACAGCUGGAUGUGAUGCUUAUACCCCGAAAGUCAUACAGUGUCAGAACAAGGGCUGGGAUGGUUAUGAUGUACAGUGGGAAUGUAAGACCGAUUUAGAUGUUGCAUAUAAAUUUGGAAAAACUGUGGUGAGCUGUGAAGGCUAUGAAUCCUCUGAAGACCAGUAUGUACUGAGAGGUUCCUGUGGCUUGGAGUAUCACUUAGAUUACACAGAACUUGGCCUGAAGAAAUUGAGAGAGUCUGAAAAAAACUAUGGCUUUAACUCCUUCUCUUCUUACUAUGACAAGCUGUCCUCCUCAGAUUCCUGUGGCAUCAGUAGAUUGAUUACCAUCGUAGUGCUACUUGCUAUUGCUUUUGGAGUUUAUAAAUUGUUCCUUAGUGAUGGUCAGGAUUCUCCUCCCCCGUAUUCUGAGCAUCCUCCAUAUUCCCAUCGUUAUCAGAGAUUCACCAACUCGGCAGGACCCCCUCCUGCAGGCUUUAAGUUUGACUACACAGGACCACAUGGCGCAUCUUCUGGUUUUGGCAGCGCUUUCACAGGACAACAAGGAUAUGACAAUUCAGGACCCGGGUUCUGGACUGGCUUGGGAACUGGAGGAGUACUAGGCUAUUUGUUCGGCAGGAAUCGAGCAACACCCUUUUCUGACUCGUGGUAUUACCGGUCUCCUCCAUCCUCCAGCACGUGGAAUAGUCGCGCCUACUCACCACCUCAGGAGGCCUCAGGUAGCUAUUCGGCGUAUGCAAGCUCGUCGACCAGAACCAGAACAGCAUCAGGAUAUGGUGGUACCAGAAGACGAUAAGAAAGUAAAAAGUUGAAGUCAAAUGUUGGAUGCAAAAUUUCUGACUUUUCAUCAGUUUCUUAAAAAAAAAAAAGUGCUACCUGCUAACAAUGGGGGAAAGGAGGAAUAUGCAAAAGUCCUGUGGUUUUUUUUGUCCUGUAUUGCUUUUUGUGUUCUAUUACUUGAGACUAAGAGUUGAUACAUGAGAAAAUGCUUAUGUAGAGAAUUAUAUGCUGGUGUACUAUGCAGUUUUGUUUUAUGGUUUCUGAAAGUGAUGAGUACUAUGGAAAGCUGAAAAUGUAUUUAAUUUCUAAAACCUGUGCUGCCAUUAAGACUGAGGCUUUGUUACCGUUAGACCCUGCAGACACAAAACAUCAGUCUUACGUGGUUUUAGUGUAUGAGUCAUUGCCUUAUAAAAUAACGAUAGUAAUCUGUUUGGUAUUUACUGUUUGAUAUUUGCUCCUCUUCAGACAUUUAAACCAAGCUUUGGACUACCAAUUACACUUAUCUGUGUUCUGAUCACUGUUGAGCUCAGGAGCUUUGCACCCUUCCGUGGUGGUGGGGAUCUACUAAGUGAGAAUGACCUUUUUUGGGAAAAGGUAGAAAGUAAGUAUCUAGAAUGUUGUGAAUGAUGGUGUGCUGACAGAAGUGCUCGCAACCUCCGUAUUCAUUUAAGAAGUAAAGUUUAAAUGUUUCAGCAAAGGUCUUUUAAUAGAAGCACACGUUCUCUGUGAAUGUCCAAUGUCAUAGCAGUCUGUUUCAGACUUACAUUAAAAUGACAAGAAAUAUAAAAACAAAGGGUUUAGUUCUUAUUCUUUCCACCAGCCUUGACACCAUUGGUGUUAACUUUUUGUAUCCUUCUUCCCCAAGGAAAGGGGUUCACGCAGAAGCUCUGUCUCCCUGAUUUCCCCUGGGAGUCUUACCUUAGCUUCCAGUCACUUGGUGUUUUCAAACAAAGGAAUCAGAAAUGGUGUGGAAGGAGGCUUCUGCUAAAAAAUGGCUUAAAAAAAAAGAAUCUGCAAGCCCCUCAGCUCUCAAGAGAUUGCACCGUUUGUCUCCGACCCAAGAG